AUGAAAAUACAAGUAAUUACAAAGAUUUUUUGCAAUAAAGUGACUGCAGAGAUCUGCCAAGUGAAGCCUCCAGAGAGACACUGUCAGAUAGAAUGGGUUGUACGAGACAGGUGGCCACAUAAGGAAAGAUGGGUAUACGAUUGGCGUCUCCGCAAAUGCCACACCAUCCGUUGGGCGAACCACUGCCCCGACCCGAAACCGGAUACCAACAACUUUGCAUCAGAAUGUGACUGCCUGCUGGAAUGCGCUGGAUGGGCC